AUGGCGACUACCACGCGCAGUCCGAAGGACUCCAUGAAAUCCACCUGGCGCCAUCAUAAGGACGAGUGGAAUCCAUCUCACCGGUUUUAUGAAGUGCUCGGCAUACACCCUACUGUCCUCGACGAGGACAUUCCAGUGCACUCGAAAGAAGAAAAGAUUCCUUUCAUGACCGAGUGGCAGACACAUCGCUGGGUUCUCGUCCAUGCGCUGAUUCCAUUCAUCUGCCAUUGGACCUAUGUCGCCUACACAGGCCGCAACUUGACUCCAAUCCUUGCCUUUCUAUUCUACGGAACAGCAUUCAAGGUGAUUACCGUCCACGAGCUGCAAAUCCUUCGUCGCCUGGGGCACACGCUUGGAUUUCUCGACGGCGACAAGCAUGAAAGAGACGGUGUCCCUGAUGUGGGUGUCGCAAAAGUCGUUCAUUCGCUCGUCUUGACGGCUACUUUCCGUCCCAUGUUCACCGUUUUCUUCAGCUAUCGAACAAACCUGCCACCUUCCUCGAUCAACUGGGUGUGGUUACCGCUUGAGAUUGGUCUCUAUAGCAUCGUGCUUGACUUCUGGUUUUACUGGUACCACCGACUGAUGCACGAUGUUGGCAGCCUCUGGAAGUACCACCGCACUCACCAUCUCACAAAGCACCCAAACCCGCUUCUCACACUCUAUGCGGACACUGAGCAGGAGUUUUUCGAUAUUGCCGGCAUUCCAUUGAUGGCCUAUUUCACUCUGAGAUUCCUGGGAUUCCCUAUGGGCUUCUAUGAGUGGUGGUUCUGCCAUCAAUAUGUUGUCUUUGCAGAGCUUGCCGGGCACAGCGGGCUUCGCCUCCACACGUCUCCGCCAUCGACGUUGACCUGGUUGCUGAAACUCUUGGACGCCGAGCUGGUGAUUGAGGACCAUGAUUUGCAUCACCGCAAAGGGUGGAAGAAGAGCCACAACUACGGCAAGCAGACCCGUCUUUGGGACCGUAUCUUUGGCACGUGCCAUGAGCGCAUCGAGAGCGCAACAGACAACGUCGACUAUGACACGAAGAUCAGCAUGCCGCUGUGGUGA